AGAUGAUAAUUGAUGGAGCCUUAUUUCUGCUAGAGGUGGGGAGCGGCGAAGGGUUUAGUCAUGCUGAAGAGCCGGGAAGCAGGUACGUCCGGCGGCGGGGAGGCGUUAGCCGGGUCGCGGGGACCACCGGUGCCACCAAGCCGGGCUCCGCCCGAGGAGAGUACACCUUCCGGCCGAGCAGGGAUUCAUCUCACCGGCCUGGUCAGCUGGAAGCAGAACCUGUGCAGGACUUCAGCCUUGUUUGCUGCAGCCAACACGGUGAUGUGGUUUGUUGCCUUCAGCUCUCUGCGAGUCUUCAGCCUCCUGGCCAUCCUGCUGGCUCUGCUGGUUGCCAUGGUAACAGUCAGAGACGUGAUUCGGACCAGAUCCACAGGAGCUCGUUUAUGGCGCAGCAUGACAACAAGUUGGGAGAUCCUUGAUUCUGGUCCAGACAGCCAGUCAGGAACUGGACCUCCACUCAGCGACUCCCUCAGACUCUUCUUGCAGGAGACAUCGGCCUUCAAGCAGCAGAACCCUGGAAAGUUUUGCCUGCUGGUUUGCAGUUUAUGCACCUUUUUUGCUGUUUUGGGACGCUACAUUCCUGGAAUUGUUUUCUCAUAUAUUAUAGCUCUGGGCUUCUUCCUGUGGCCUCUGAUUUCAUCUCAUGAUGCUUCUUUGUGGCUGAAGCCAGUUCUGCAGAAGCUGGACUUUGGCAUCGGAGAGAUUUUUCAUAAAAUCAAGGAGAACCAUGAGAAAAGUCUCAUUCAGUCUCAGGCAGAGAAAGAAGGGAUUGAAUCGGAUCUUUCUUCCAUGUUUCCCAAGCUGGACUCUACAGUGUGUAAGGAAAUGUCAGUGUCGGACACAGAAGUGUCCGAUGUGACGUGGACGGACAAUAGCACCUUCAACCUGUCAGAGGGACACACGCCGCAGACGGAGACCUCUGAGGACAUCGACAAAGAAGAAGCCUUUGCUGGUGGCCUCCCAGAAUUCCCUUCUCUUGAUAAUGGUGCAACAACCAACGGCGAUGAUGAUGAUGAAUUCAGCCUUGGUCUUCCAUCUAAGCCAAUCAAAUUACAGCAUUCAGCUCUCCCUCCACACAAAGACCAAGCAGGUGUCAAUGCACUGGAACUGGUCAACCAGAUGGCAGGAGACGUCAUCACUGCCGCCGUAACAGCCGCCAUCCAGGAAAGGAUAGAAGCUGCGGUUGGAAUCUCGGCUCUGAAGCCAUCCAGGUUCCCAGAGCCGACCCGGCUGCUGGAGCUGGACGAGGAGUCGGACAGCGAGGUGGAGGACUUUGAGCUGCUGGACCAGUCAGAGCUGGAGCAGCUGGAAGGGGGGCUGGUGGAGCAGACAUCCCAGGAGGAGGAGACACAGGUCAAGAUCCACGACAAACCGGCCUCAUCUGGAUUCUUCUCCAACCUCCUUAGGCGCCACUGAAAGAGGAAAAGUUCUGCAGGGGCGGGAAAUGGGUCGUAGAGGACAUGUGGAGGGGAGACCAGGCGUUUAGGUCGAUCUGCUUUGAUUUCUGCAGGAAAAGUUUUUACUUUACUUUAUCAGCUACAUAACAGAUUCAGAUAAAACUAUAACUUUAUGAACUUCAUGAAUUAAAGCAGCUGGUCCGUUUGGGAGGCCACUGCUGGGACUCUGAUCAACGUUCAUGAGGGAGUUCACUAAUGCUUCAAAAGGUUCUCGAGAGUUCUCUGUUCCUUCUGGUGAGUGGCAGGUCCUCACCCUCAGGUCGCUGCAAGGUUAGAAAGUGUUUAAAAAAAUAACCUGUACUACACUUGUCCUCUAAAAUAGGUGCAGAGUUGUCCCGAGUUAAAGACAACUUCAGGAGGCAACGGUGACACGUUGAGACUAAAUAGCAACAAGAAACAAACUCUAACCUGUCUGUAAAUAAGACAAGUCCCAAAGGAGUCAGGUCUGCUAAUUCAGCUGAAAACGUUGAGUUUUAAACAUUUCAGCUUCUCCAGCUAGCUGCAGGCCAGUGAGAAAACAGCUUUGGAUGAUGUCAGUGACUGACCGAUAACAAAACAAAUAAUUAUGUAUGUGAUCAAAGACCUGACUGUGGUUUUACAGCCUGUAAAUAAGUUACAUAUUUGUCAAAAACACAAAGAUGUUUUGUAAAAGAUCUGUUGUUUAGUAGGAAAUCUGUUGAAUCAGUUUAAAAUCAAAUAAAUCUCUACUCCCACAUAAACGAUGCAGUUCUGCUGAAACCUGCAGGUUUAUUCAUCAGUUACAGAACCACAAAAUAUUUAUUUUAUAGCAGAAUUUCAACAGCAGCAAUUUACAACAUUUUAAUAAUUUGGCAGAUAAGUGAAAAUAAAUAUUGUUAAAAUAUUGAAAAUUAUUUAUUAUGUAAUAAAUAGUUAAUUGUCAGAAUAACAAAACUUCAAAUUUUAUAAUCAUCAAGAAUUUUAAAAGCAUUCAUGUAGGGUUUCAGAACUGUUUCUUGCAGCCAUUUUUAUUCAAAUGUUUCUAAAUCGAGACGGAAAACCUGAAGAUGAUAAAAAUUAUGUUUGAUUUAAUUUGUUUUAACUCCAAUGAGCUAAAUAAAAAGAUCAGCAGUUAUCAAAGAGACCAGUAUAUCUGAUUGGAUCCCUGUAAUAAUAAUAAUAAUAAUUUGAGAUAUCUCUCCUGAUUUUUAAAGAGGUGUUUUCCAAAUCCAUUUGUUAAUGUUAAUUACUGCUCAUUAAUAACAGACACUGCCCGGCCCACCCAAAUAAAAGGGCUCACACUUAUCAGUGGGGUUAAGGUCUGGACUCUGUGGGCCAAUCCGUGUGUGAAAAUGAUGUAUCUGCUUGCUUAAUCGAGUCCAGGUGGCGACUUUUCUUUGGCCAAGCAGUGUAUGAAUCAAUAAUUAGCAGCAUGCUGCAUUUAUAACCUGAUGCAAAGCAGACAUAUUUUUUAUUGUUUUGUUUCUGACUUGGAUCAGAUGAAUCUUUGAUCACUAACAAAGUCCAGCAUGUUCACAUUAACCGUUUCUGUUCAGUGACGUCAUUGAUUUAAAGCCUUCAUAACUAAAAGUCUUUUUCUUUUUUCACUUUCUUCAGAUGUUGCGAGUUAGGAUUUUUUUUUUUAGAAAAACUCAAAUAAAUAAAAUAUAUUAUAAAUUGA